UGGUUCCACAUCCCUAUGAGGAUUAUUAGGAUGUUUUAUUUUGUAGGAACGGACCGGAAGUGGGACAGGUGAUUCUGCCUCGGGAUGACUCGUGUCUUUUCGCUCCUCCGGGAUGCGCUGAGUGGUUCUGGUUCUGGACACCCAGCGAGCUGGGUCGAGGAGAACCGGGAGGAGAACCGGGAGGAGAACCGGGAGGAGAGUUCUCCUCCUCCAGCUUCUGUUUGUUUUCAGGCUGCAGAUCCACACAGCGCCACCAUGUGGAGGAAAACAUUUCUGCUGCUGCUUCACAUCACGGAAGCUGCAGUGGCUCCGCCCUGCUGGCAGGGGGCGACCUUCCCGGAGGCCGUGGUGUCCCCGGCGGCGGAUAGCAGCGGCAUCGUGCGCGUACCGGCCGCGGCGUCGCUCCAGCAGUGCGUGGCGGCCUGCUGCGACCUCGCGGCCUGCCACCUGGCCUGGCGCUUUAAGGGCCGCUGCUACGUGCUGAGCUGCCAGCAGGGGGCCGACUGCCGGCCCCGGGUCCGGCCCGGCGCCGACUCGGUUCUGGCCUUUCUGCAGCGGCCAGCCCGCUCCCUGUUGCGGUCCCUGGAAAAGCCGGCGCCGUUCGGCCGGACGCGGGGGCCCGGCGGCGACUUGGAGGCCCUCAAGGGCCCGGCUCUGUUCGACGGGCCCGAUCCGACCUGGUCCGACCCAGCGGACCUGGAGGCGGAUUGGUACCGGUCCGCGUUCAACCAAUCACAGGAGACGGAUCCUGGAGGGGCGGGGUCAGACAGCUACCUGACCGGAACCAGAACCACAGAACCAGCUGGUCCAGUUGCUGCAGAGGGAACGGCAGGAAGUCAGAGACCCGAGCGUCCUGUGUCUGCUGCGCCUGUUGCUGACUCCGUCCCUACGGGUCACAUGACCACGCCCGGUGAUGUCAUCAGCACCACAGCGAACCCAGGUCGUCCCGUGGGGCACCUGGUGGAUCCGGUGGACCUCGGCGCCACUGUGACAUCAGAUCCAACCGGUUCUUCUGAACCCGGGAGCAGAACUUCAGAACCCCUGAAGGUUCUCCAGGCUCCAACCACUGACCCGCUGAUCCAGAUGACCUCUGACCUCUCUACCUCAGCUGCUCUACCCCUGACUACUGCAGCGGAACCCCAGGGGCCGAACCGGGCCCCGCUGGCCGCUGUGGGUCCAGACCUCCGUCUAGUUCUCCCUCUGAGCGCCAGCUUGUUGCUCAACGGCAGCGGCAGCACCGACGACCGCGGCGUUAGCAGCUACAGCUGGCAGGUGGUGAGCGGUCCUCCUGGUUUGCGGCUGCAGGAUGCCGACCGGGCGGUUGCCAUGGCAACGGGCCUAAGAGCGGGGCGCUACGUGUUCAAGCUGACGGUGUCGGACCAGCAGGGGGCGACAGACAGCGCCCUGCUGUCGGUGCUGGUCCAGGAAGCCCGCAGUCUUCCUCCAGUGGCGCACGCCAGCGGCAGCCAUGUUCUAGUUCUGCCCAACAGCUCCGUGGUUCUGGAGGGGUCGGUUACUGACGGAGACCAGACGGAGGUCCGGUACCGGUGGACCAGGGACAGCCAGAGUCCAGCAGCCGGGGAGGUCCUGUUCGGCUCGGAGACCCGGCGGGUCCUGUACCUGUCGGACCUGGUGGAGGGAACCUACCUGUUCCAGCUGAGGGUGACGGACGCUCAGGGUCGGGUCAGCACCGCCACCGCCACCGUGGAGGUUCGGCCAGAACCAGGCGGCGGCCAGCAGGUGGAGAUGGAGAUGCUGGUGGCGGUGUCUCAGGUGAGCGUGGCUCAGAGGGACACACUGGUCCGGCAGCUGGCCGCACUGAUCCACGUCCUGGACCGGGACAUCCGGGUCCGGGCGCUGCAGGGACGGACCCAACUCAGCACGGUUCUGCAGUUCUGGGUCCAGGGUCCGACCGGACCCGUCCCGGCCUCCAGCCUGGUGGUUCUGCUCAGGAAGCAGCUGCUCCGAGACAAGAGCGACUUCCUGCUAUUCAAGGUGCUGAGAGUCGACACUGUGGCGUGCGAGCUGAGCUGUUCAGGGCGGGGCCAGUGUGAUCCAAUCACCAAGCAGUGUUCCUGUGACCCGUUCUGGACAGAGAACCUGAUCCGGCUCUACCUCGGGGACGGAGAGAGUAACUGUGAGUGGAGGGUUCUGUUCGUGAUCCUGAGCAGCUUCCUGACGAUGGUCUUCAUCCUGUCGCUCAGCUGGACCUUCGUCUGCUGCAGCCGGAGGAGGAAGCAGAGGAAGGGCAGGAAGAAGACCAGGUACACCAUCCUGGACGACAUGGACGAGCAGGAGCGGCUGGAGCUCCGGCCCAGAUUCAGUCUGAAGCACCGCAGCACGGAGCACAACUCCAGCCUCAUGAUGUCCGAGUCGGAGCUGGACAGCGACCAGGACUCCGUCUUCAGCCGGCCGGUCCGCAACCGGAACCGGGUCAGCUCCCAGGCCGCGCGCAACGGGAACGCCUUCGGGUGAAGACAGGAAGUCCGGGGGGGACGGUGAGGGUAGGAGGAAGUCUGGAUGGCGCCUCCUGGUGGCAGCACAUGUUCGGUUCAGAGGUUUCAUUCGUUCUUCCCAGAGAAACAUUCAUGAAGCGAAGACUUGGCCUGCAGGGGGCAGCACCAAGGCAUGAGUUCAGGUUCUGUUCAUCUGGGCCUGUUGGACUGUUCCUUUAGUGUUGCUUCAGAACCAGAACCAGAACCAGACCCAGCUGGGAUUAUUUAGCAUCCUGGUGACCCAAACGUCUCAGCAGAACCAGCUCCAUGUCGCUUCAUGUCUGGUGAUUUAAAGUCAAAGUUUCAGGAGAAGCUGAAGAAAUAAAACACGAAUUCAUCCGUCAGUUUAUUUCAGAUCAAACACAAACGUACAAAAAUCUAAACAGCAAAGAUUUCCAGAAUAAUAUGAGACACGUUGUUACUAACUAAACAUCUAGAAUCCAAGAAACACACAGAGCUCAAUCUGCAGCAGAACCGACCCGGUUCCAGAUUCUGGAUUCAUCCAAAACUCUGCAGAUUAAAGUCAACAUGAGACUCCAA